CUUUUGUUUACCUCGCAUCCACACAUAUAUAUUUUACGUGUAUCAUGUAUGUUAUACUUCAUCAAGCUGGAUUUUUAUUGACUGGAUUAUGUACUACCUUGGGAGUACAAUGGCUGUUUUACAGAGGAGCAGCAACUUCUAUGAGUCUUUUGCCUCAACUAUCAAAUUAUAUUGGCAUGUUGCUUGUUGGUUUCUUUAUACCCAUGUUACUCAAGAGAAAAAUGAGUUACAAACUUAUUCAGCAAGGAGACGAUUCGCCAGUAUUAUCGUCAUCGUGCUCUAUCAGAAGCGAACAAACCAUGAUAGAUAACCUUCCCACAAUAGAGCCUCUAGAAGAAGGCCCUAUCGAGCAUUUAGCCAUUAUUAAAUUGGCAUCGUUGGACAUUAUUGCCAGCUUUGCCCUGACAAUUGGGUUUUCUAUUAUCGGAAGCGGAAUGUAUCAAGUCAUCUAUAGCAGUAUUGUUGUUUGGUGUGCUAUUUUGACAUGGUUGUUUAUGGGAAGAGCGUUAGCAAAGAUACAAUGGGUUGCUAUUAUAGGUACGAGUGUUGGACUGGGUGUGAGCUCCUUUGAUAGCCUUCAAGGAUCACCGCUUGAAAAUGACUUUAGCACAGAAUCAACAAAUGUCUUAUUUAAUGGAACCUUAAUGACGUUGUGUGGAACCUUUAUUUCAGCAUGCAUCUACGUAUAUGCAGAUACCAUUCUCUCUAAAAGUAAAGCUCAGCCUUUACCAGCAAGGGUGUGUUGUUGGAUGGGCGUCUACACGUCGCUAUUUACUUUGAUUUGGAUUUCAGUGUAUACGCUUCCUCAGUUCAAUACCAUUAUUCAAAUUGACAAACAAGUCUCGACCACACAGGUUCUGAUAGUCUAUUUUGUUGUGACUGUGGCGAAUGCAUUACACUCUUGGAGCUAUUAUGAAUUGAUCGAGCUCACUGGAAAUGUAAAUAUUUGCUUGUUUUACUAUAAAUGGAGACAAUAACAAUUUUUGUUUAGGUGGCGACGGGAAUUUUACAGGGACUGAGAGCUAUCCUUGUAUAUGCAAUCAGCCAUGUUUGGUACUGUCACGAAGACUCAGCCCAAUGCAAGUAUUCACAUUGAUUUUAUACGCAAGUGGAUGUCCGUUUUUUAACUUGUAUUAUAGGUUUUACGAUAUCCAAGGGAUGUGGUUCAUUGAUUGUGAUAAGUUGUGUAUUAUUGUUUACGCUUGGUAAAAAAAGUACCAAAUAAAUUAAAAUCAAGAGCC